AUGUCUGCUUACUCCAUCCGGUUUGCGCCCCUGUCGGCGGCAGAGUCCAGGGUGGCGGGGAUCAGCCUGCAGGAGGCUAAGCAGAUCCUCAACGUGUCCAGCCUCGCACCCGAGGAAAUCCAGAAGAACUAUGAGCACUUGUUCAAGGUGAACGACAAGUCGUUGGGCGGAUCAUUUUAUGUGCAGUCCAAGGUGUUGAGAGCCAAGGAGCGGCUGGAUGAGGAGCUGCGGAUCCAGGCCCAGAGCCAAAAAGAGGAAGAGCAGAAGCCAGAGAUAUAA